AUGAUCAACAGCAGAAGCGAGCGCUUCAUCAUGCAUGCAACUGAGGCUAUCAUUGGCGAGCUUCAGGCAGGCCCUAACAAGCUGACAGAAGCAUUCAUACCUCCCCGAGUUCGCACAAAGGCGACAAUGGCGUGUGACAUGUCAGACAGUCGCAUUGCAGCCGCCUACGAAGCUAUACAGCAUGCUGCCUCGAGUACAGACUGGUUCGUGCUUGGCUAUCGCGACUCAAGAGACAAGCUCGAAUUAUACGCUUCGGGCGCGGCACCGACGUCGGAACUCGUCAGAGAGCUCGAAUCGACACGAGCUCAAGAAGUGCACUUUGGCCUCCUCAGGCUCGAGAACAAGCUCAUCCUGUUCACAUACUUACCAGACGACAUCAGUGGUGUCAAGCGGGCAAGGGCGCUGGUGCACUCGCGAGCAAUAGCAACAACUUUCAGAGCGCAUCAAGCAGUCAUGACUGUGCAUGAUUUGUCAAACUUUGAUCAAAUCGCUCGCUCAAAGUUACGACUUGACGGCAGCACGACCCCAUCAAUGCCGCUCAACGGAUCUCCGCGAUUUACGAGCGAACGUGAACCUUCGCCGCGCCUUGCAAAUGGUGAGGGACGCGCGUCGCCUCAUUUCGUAGCGCCCAUGCCGGCUCAAGCUACGACACCGAUCGUGUCCGUCUCUUCAGCCUCGCCUGCAUCUACCUCACAACUUCCGGCGCUACCCAGAAGCAACGAUAGCUCGCAGCGGACAAGCCUAGAGCAGUCGCCUCUGAGUCCCGCACUCGGCUAUGCCUCUGCUCAAUCUGUGGCCUCAAAAACAACCUCGCCGCAACCAUCUGAUUCGCCUGGUACAGGCAGCGCUGUUCCACGUACGCCUCAGAUGUCUGCAUCUCCAACCGGACGGGACUUCUCGUUACCUCGGCGCACGAGUGCUUCACCUCGGCAGAUCUAUUCCUCGCCAGUACUGAAUGGUUUCGGCAACGAUCAGCUGGAUCGAACCGCGAUGAUCAGAAAGUCUUCACUUCGCCGUGACGGUCCAGGCAAACAGUAUCCCCAGCAGCCACGUAGUCCCAGUCAGCGGAAGCUCAACGACAGUAUGCCUGCAGCAAUUGGCGUCGUUGGAUUAGGUCUGGGCAAUGGUCUAGAGAGCAUAUCGCUCGAAGACCAGAGAGCACGAGAAGCGGAACGAGCAGAAGCGGAGGGCCUUGCGAGAGCCAGAUGGGACGCAGAGGCCACGGAACGGCAAAGGCUCGACGAGGCAGAACAGCUGAGGUUGCAGCAAGAUGAAAUGCUCAGGCGGAGAGCGUCCGAACGCUUACAUCGCGAGGAAGCAAGGAGGUUAAGGCAAGCAGAACUAGAUCGACAGAUGGAAGAAGCGCGGGUCGCUCAAGAACGAGAAGAGAACCUCAGAGCAGACUCGAACCGCGAACGCGAGGAACGUGAAGCAGAGGCGAGCAGGAUGGCGCAAGCACGGCAAGAGCAGAAACGCCUGGCGAAGCAAUCAGCCAUCGAACAAGUCGUCAAGCGAGCCCGAGAGCUGAGGGAACCAGCAUCAACGAUCUUGUCCGGCUAUGUGACGGCUCAGCCGCGAAACGCAACGCUAUGGAAGCGAAGAUGGUUCGAGCUCAAGCCAGCAGCCUUACUCUUGUUCAAAGACGACGCGCCAACGAGCAAAGCGCUCGAGACUAUACCUUUGUCGGCUUCCAACUUCAGACGGAUUUUGCUCGAUCCAGAAGACAUAGCGAUUGUCAACUCAUUCAGAUUGGACCUCUACGACGAUCCGGAGCCGUACUUGUUCUACUGCGACGAAUCAGACGAUCGCGAAUUGCUUGUGCUAGCUCUGAAAAGCGUUUGCGGACAUUGA